AUGACCAGUGCUCCAUGCGCACAUGAACCCACCAUUUCGUACCAAUUCCCAUCGUUGUCUGGGAGCCCGUCUCCUCCCCCCAUCGUACCCUCGUCGCCCGAUCUGGCGUACCAAAACCAACCCGGGCCCUCCACUCCUUACCUUGCCCUCCUGCCUCCUGAAGACGAGAUCCCCGACCUUGACGAGUUACCCUCCGGACAACCACCCUCGCCUCCACCUACCACGCCUGCCCCUACCAUGUCAGGACAUCACCACAUCACCCUCACCGCCAACCCCCCAUACUUCGAUGGGGACAAGUCCAAAUAUCUGGGCUUUGUGGACGCGUGUACCACUUACAUUGGUGCCUACCGAUCGGGAUUCACGCUAGACGAGACAAAAAUCCUCUUCAUCCUCUCCUACCUCCGUAAUGAAACCGGCACAAGCUGCACCGCCUCGAGAUGGGCAAUGAACUGGAAGCAGCAUAACUUCGAUGGCUUCCAGGGACUGAAGGCAGGGAUCACGGCCAAGACCUUCUUGGAGGAACUGCAGAGGACUUUUGGGGACUCCAAUGCGGAACAAGUCGCCGCCGCCCGACUCAUGGCCCUGCGCCAAAACAAACGGUCCUUCACGGACUACAUCUCCGACUUCGAGAUGUUGGCUGCAGAUGCGGGAUACAAUGUGGUUGACACCACCGACGACAAGGGCGAAUACAAGAAGGGGGACCAAGACAAUAUCCUCAUCGAGUUCCUGGAGCGCGGACUCAGCAGCGAAAUUGCCAGUUGUCUCUACAACACCGGUGUUCCCCUGCCCAAGGCCUAUGGGGCGUUCAAAGCCUGGUGCAUCAACAUCGAAGCCAAUGCUCUACGUGACCAGCUACGCAAGGCAUCCUACGGACAUCCCACGCCACGACCACCUCCCCCGUUCCGCCCACAGGCUGCUCCGACAAUGCCUACACCCGCACCGGCCCGACCCGCUGCCAAUGAACCGGUUCCGAUGGAGAUUGAUUGCACCCACGCCCGCGGCCGCAAUAUCAUCUGCUACAACUGUCAGCAGCCUGGGCACAUUGCGCGGAACUGCCCGGAACCAAGGAAGAAGCGCACAUUCUUCAAUCGGGCCACGAUGCUUGAAGACAUUGAGAACGGGGACAAGGACAACGAGUUCCUCAAGGAGAUUGCCGAGAAGCUGCGCGAGAAGGGUUUUUGA